AGUUCGCGGCAGUUGGCAGAGAAAAGCAGUCGUUUUCUGGAGGCGACUCCGCUUCGUCGGUCGCGGCACACACUCGGUUAUAUAUUACAAAAACAGAUCCGUAUACUAUACGCAUUGGCGAAAUAGAUGGGGUGUAUUCUUGUUAAAAGUGCUAAUAAAUUGACUGGGUGCGUUAUGAAAUUCGAAAGGGUUCGGUGUGAGGCGUGCAAAGUGCGGCCGCCUGUUUGCCAGUUGUGAUAAACCCAGGAAAAUACAACUACUACCGUGGGAGAUAGUGCAUAACCCCCCAGAAAGAUUCCACCGAUCGGGAAAGGGAACCGGGUGCCGGGGAUCGUCCAGUCAUCGUUCGCUGCCCCGCGUCUAAAGUUCUCUCCAUCAGCUUUAUAAUUGUGAGCUGUUGAUUUUUUUUAUUGACUCUCAGCUCGUUCCGCCGUUGUUUUUGUCCCCGGAGUGGGUUGUGCCGAGCAAUUAGAUGUACAUAAAUUGGCUGUGGGACUCCCGAUCUCGCUCUGGCACCCACCGGAGAGUCUGAAAAUAAUAACAGCCCUCGAUCGCGGCAAUAAAACACAGUUUAAACUCACGGCACUAUCAACCAGUGGGGAAAACGAAAACAAGAAGAGGCCUGCACUCUAAAGUUUUCUCGUUUCGCUGCGACUCGCUGAUUUCUGCCGGUUUUGGAGCUAUUGGACUCGAGAAACUCUGAUUCCCCAAGCUGCACGCAAAAUGCGUCGGAAGAAAGUGGAGUACCGCGUCAAGCAGACGCCUUCGCGACCACUGCCGAUGGCAGGUGGUCGGAUUACAGACCUCGAGGAGGACAUGCCGCCGGAGGACGAGCUGGCCCACUAUGAGACGUUUGGGACUACCCCACCUCGAACCAGGCUAAAAAUCAAGAACCGCGACUGGGAACGCAAACAGAAGGUGGUCAAUGUGGCGGCUUCCGCAGACUUACCGGCCAGUGUGGGAGGUACUCCCAAGAAGGGCAACACCAGAAUGGCUCGAUCCCGCGUCCUGCGGCGCAACACCAUGGAUUGCGCCCUGCUUAACGAGAUGUUCGUCAAUGAGGAGAACAAGCGGACGGACAAGCGACUGCAGUCGCUGCUCCGCGACUCCGAGCGCGAGAUGAAAAACUCGCUGGCCACGACGGCGGUGGCGCCUCCGCGGGGCAGCAGCUUUCACGAGACUGCCCAUCCCCUUGAGUCUCUGGACCAGAUCAUGCCGCUCAGCUCGGAGGCGGCGCCGCCGAUACCACUGCGAAUAGCCUCCAAGGUGGUAGAGAGCUGCAAUCGCUACCGCUGCGUGUCUUCGCGUCCAAUUGGCUAUCGCUCUUCGGCGCCGCCAUUGGCCUUUGCAGCACAACUUCCUGCUGGAAUGUUGAGGAGCGAUGGAAGGGCCACCGCUGGACUGGGGAAACGAAAGGACUUCCACGAGACGUUCGCCAAUCUAAUUAAGCUGGGCAGCGUCGACCGACAGGAUGCCAAGCUCUCCCAAGAGGAGCACACCUGGCAGACGGAGCUAAAGGAUCUCAUCUGGCUGGAGCUGCAAGCCUGGCAAGCCGACAGAACUGUGGAGCAGCAGGACAAGUACCUGUUCGAAGCGCGACAAGGUGUCUCUGAACUCCUUACCCACAUCAUUAACUACAAGUUCCAGCCGCGCUACCGCCGCGAACCGAGUUUGAUUAGCCUGGACAGCGGCAUCCAUUCCGACAGCAACUCGAAUGCCAGUUCUCCUUUGCCCAGCAAAAUGUGCCAAGGCUGCAUGUCUCUGUACUGCAAGGAUUGCAUGGAUCAUCAGGAGUUAGCUCUGCGCGAGGUGGAGGGCAUGCUGACGCGACUGGAAGCUGCCGAGGCUUUGUAUCCCUCCUCGCAGGCCAUGGGCGCCCUGCAUCCCAUAUACAAGUCGCAAAGCUUUGUGGGUCGCAUCAAGUCCAUGUGCUUAUGGUAUAACAUUACCAAGCAAAACAAAUUGAAGCUCAGUAUUUUGGGAAAGAUUCUGGCCAGGCUGCAGGAUGAAAAGUUCUCUUGGCCCGUCUGCACAUCAUCCUACAUCGCAUCGGACAGCGGCAGUUCGUCUGCCUCGGGUGUGGAAAACGAUGAUUCGGCGGUUAACUCGAUGGAUUCAUCGAAACCGCCCAGUGUGGCAGGAUCCGCCUCGCGUAAGGGCUGUCGCAACGGAAGUGUGACGCCCUGCCACAAGGUGCAGUUCAUGCUAAACGAUGCAACCCAUGUGCCUGGCGAGACGUCAAGUAGUAAUGAAUCCACCUCCACGGAGAUCAGCCAGUUGUCCAGCGAGUGCUCACACGGCCACAUGCGCAAGGGAUCGAUGCACGACAUCAACAUCUUCAGCGUGGAGCCCUUGGGUACUUGCAGCAACAAUGGAACUGGAGAGCAGUCCACAGGGUUGUAUCGCAAGUUCAUAGAGAAUGUGCUUAAGAGUCGUGGACUCGCCAAGUCGCUGGCUUUUCUCCACAAGCUGCAUAACGUUGCGUUGUACAAGGCGCACAUUGCUCUGGAGAAACCGGGAGCGGAGGAUUUCGACUACGAAUUGGACUCGGAAGCUAUUGAGGAGGACGUGCCACGACUAGAUCCACAAAUCAGCCGCGAGCAGGUCGUGGAACUACGCACCUACGGCUAUUGGAGUGAGGAAGCGCAAUCGAUCAAUCUGCCCUCGUACAUUCCCACCUUUGUAUUCCUGAGCGGCAUUCCGUUGCAGUUCAUGCACGAGUUCCUGCGCAUGCGUCUCGAGACGCGACCAGUGCGACCGAAUCCCCUGAGUCUGGAGCAGUUGAUGAAGGAGCUGAGGGAGGGCCUGACCCUGGCAUUGACCCAUCGGGAGCGCUACCAACGGCACAUAACCACAGCACUGGUGGAGAACGAGGCGGAAUUGGGCAGCUACAUUAGCAUUCUGAAUCACUAUGACGCGACGGUGCGAAAGACGUUUGAGCUGUACUUGGAGUACAUUGACCAGCUGGUGCUGGUUGCCGUUCCGGAGGGCAACCAGAAGUCCGUGCUGGAGAAGGAGUGGAUGUUCACCAAGCUCAUUAGUCCCAUGAUCAAGGGCAUGCACACGCUGGCCUCGCAGAAGUUCUGCGGCAUCAUCAGCAAAUUGUUGCGGAACAUUUCGGAACGACUGGUGAAGCGAACCGUGGAGCUGGACCACCAGAUCGAUGGCACUGCCGAGACUGAUGACAGCGAGGAGGUCAAGUGGCAGCUGCUGACCAUCUGCCGGGAAACGCAAUCCCUGUUAACUGUUGAGCGGGAGCGAUCCAUAAAGGUGCUCUUCUUUGCCAAGACCUUCUGCCGCGACGUGGAGACAACGGACUUCCAUCGCGAGCACUACGAGCACGACGUGGCCAACCAGCAGCACGAUUUCAUCUGCUCGGACGUGAAGGCGGCGUUUAAGUUGCUGCAGCAGGAUGUCUUGCAGGUGCGCAACAAGCUGACGGCGAUUAUCGAGGGCGUGCAAAAGCGUUGCUGCUUGAGCAACAUGCGGGAUUUGGACGAGCAGGACAAGCAGGCGGUGCUGUCGCGAACCCGCGAGAUCCUUCACCAGGGCUACAAGUUUGGGUUCGAGUACCACAAGGACGUAAUCAGAUUAUUUGAGCAGAGGAUCAUGGACCAAAAAGACAGCGGGGCUCAUACGGUUGAUUUGGCUUUGGGCAUUAUCGCCUACGCCAAGAUGUGGAUGCACUUUGUCAUGGAGCGUUGCGAACGUGGACGGGGCAUGCGCCCUCGCUGGGCUUCCCAGGGAUUGGAGUUCCUGAUUCUUGCCUGUGAUCCGCAGAUCACCCAACACCUGGACGAUGGCGAAUUCGAGGCGUUGAAGCAGCAAAUGGAUCGGUGUAUCUCGCACGUGAUUGGCAUCACCUCGGAACCGGAAAAGGUUGCCAAGAAGAAGGCAUCGCCACGCACCCGCAAGACCUCGUCGCCGGCCACCUCGCGCUCCCGUACACCCACUCGGACUCCCAUGUCCGCUGGCAUGGUGCUCAAUCCGAAUACGCCGCCACUGCAGUCGCCGCCGUACAACAAGCUCCUUCAUCCGCAGUUCAGUCUAAAGGAGGAUCUGCUGCAGCAGUCUGGAAACACGUUCAGUUCCGUGGACAGUGCCGAUUAUGUGGACACUCCUUGCCAGAGGAGUUCAAAUGGCGAGCUGCGACUGCUGGUGCCGCAGACGCCGCCAACGCCAGCUUCUUCUGGAAAGGGCAGCAUAGAGAGCACGCCGCUGGCAUUGCGGCAAGAACGAGUCAGAGAUGCAGUUAAUCGCUUGGACAUGGAUCUGGAGGACGGACUGCGCGAACGCAGAUUGAUUGGUCAGGUGAAGUCCCUCAACUCCAGCGACAAAGUGCACAUAAGAGCACGUAGCGUCCACUUCCGUUGGCAUCGCGGCAUUAAAAUCGGCCAGGGACGCUUUGGCAAGGUGUACACGGCGGUGAAUAACAACACGGGUGAGCUGAUGGCCAUGAAAGAGAUCGCAAUCCAACCGGGCGAGACGCGGGCACUGAAGAACGUGGCCGAGGAGCUAAAGAUCCUGGAGGGAAUCAAGCAUAAAAACCUGGUGCGCUACUACGGCAUCGAGGUGCACCGCGAGGAGCUGCUCAUCUUCAUGGAGCUGUGCUCCGAAGGCACGCUUGAAUCGCUCGUGGAGCUGACUGGCAAUCUACCGGAGGCCCUUGCCCGACGCUUCACCGCCCAGCUGCUGGCUGGUGUGUCCGAGCUGCACAAGCACGGCAUCGUGCAUCGCGACAUCAAGACUGCAAACAUCUUCCUCGUGGACGGCAGCAACAGCCUGAAGCUGGGCGAUUUCGGAUCGGCGGUCAAGAUCCAGGCGCACACCACCGUGCCCGGCGAGCUGCAGGGCUACGUGGGCACCCAGGCAUACAUGGCACCGGAGGUCUUUACGAAGACCAACAGCGAUGGCCAUGGCAGAGCCGCCGAUAUCUGGUCGGUGGGCUGCGUGGUUGUCGAGAUGGCCUCGGGCAAGCGUCCUUGGGCCCAGUUCGAUUCCAACUUCCAGAUUAUGUUCAAGGUGGGCAUGGGCGAGAAGCCACAGGCGCCAGAGAGUCUCUCCCAGGAAGGACAUGACUUCAUCGAUCAUUGUCUGCAGCACGACCCGAAAAGGCGUUUAACCGCUGUGGAACUGUUGGAACACAAUUUUUGCAAGUACGGUCGAGAUGAGUGCAGCAGCGAGCAGCUGCAGAUGCAGGUGCGCGGAUCCUUCCGGCGGAAUGUGGCGACCAGCAGCUAAUUGCUGCCUGGACUUGUACUUUUUAAACCUCCGUUUUUUGACUCACCCGUACAUAUGAUGCAUAUGUACAACGGUGCGCAGUUUGUUUUGUGUCUAAUUUAUGUGAAUGUCGACUAUCUUAAAGGCCACGCCUAGUUUUAUGUUGGACAAUAUAUAACCCGUAUAAAAUUAUCAAAA